AUGACUAGCGCGACACCACAAGUCCCAUCUUUCCGCUUGAAUGACGGAACCUCGAUCCCAGCGAUAGGCAUGGGAUGCUGGAUGGGUACUCCUGGUGGUGGAGAACGCGUGAAGGAUAUGUGCAGAAAGGCUCUGGCGGUUGGAUAUCGGCACUUUGAUACGGUAAAUUAUGCAAACGAAGAGAAGGUAGGAGAAGCUAUCGCAGAAUCCGAAAUACCUCGCGCGCAGCUCUACGUCACCACUAAGCCCGGCAAUGGUGAUCAUCACCGGGUGCGAGAAGCGUUUGAAGAGUCACUUAUAAAGCUCAACUGCGGCUACGUCGAUAUGUACCUCAUGCAUUGGCCACAUGCAGCCGAGGCCACAGGAAGGACGCUGGCUCCAGACGAAAGUCCUACUAUCGUUGACACGUGGAUCGAGAUGGAGAAACUUCUCGAGACAGGAAAAGUCAAGUCUAUCGGAGUCUCCAACUUUUCCAUCAAGAUUUUGUCCCAGCUUCUGGACGAUCCGCGUACAAAAGUUGUCCCUGCUACGAAUCAAGUAGAAAUGCACCCAUGUCUUCCUCAGACUAACCUCAAGCAAUUUUGCGAAUCGAAGGGCAUUCUGUUGACUGCUUAUUCGCCACUCGAACAGAAGAUGCCUCUCCUUCUUAACACGGACGCUGUGACUUCCAUCGCACAGAAGCACAACUCUACACCAGCCCAAGUUCUCCUUUCCUGGGGCGUCCAACGUGGGACGGUCGUCAUACCGAAGUCUGAGGAUGAAGGCCGUAUGAAGGCUAACCUUACGCUCAUCGGCCUCAACCAGACGGAUGUUAAGGCGCUGGAGGUUUUGCACAUGAAUGACGGGAUGCAUCGAUCACUUCUGGCAUAUCACUCCGUCGAUCCGGGCAAAGUCUUCGGCUGGUCGUAUGCGCAGCUUGGCUGGAAUAUGAAAGAGGGUGGAAUAGUUGCUUGA